CGUUUGCACUGCAUUCGCACCUGUCUGACCAACUCUCGUCGCACGCAACGCAACGCAACGCAACGCAAGUAGCAAACCACGACCCACCUGCUUCUCCUUCCCUCCCCUAUCCCUUCUCCUAGUCAGCCAGUCUCCCCAUCCCAACCCGCCGCCGCCUCUCCCGUCUCCGGCGCCCACAGCGCCAUUGUGACCGCGGGGCUCGCGGAGUCCCCCCACCAGGCUGGUCUAGGCCCCCUCCACUCGGAACGCCCGCGAGAGGCAGAGCGUGCGGCUGCGGGGACGCCAGCGUUCGUAGAUCGAUUGCCCGCCGAGCUUGUUCGCGAGGAGUCGUCAACGCUUUGCGGCGGCCAUGUCUGUGGAACUCGUCCUGUGGCUCUUCUCCUUCGCCUCCGUCAUGGUCCUCAUCGGCCUCACCGCGUACCAGCUUAUCUGUCUGUCAGAUUUGGAGUAUGAUUAUAUCAACCCAUAUGAUUCAUCAUCUCGCAUCAAUGCUGUGGUCCUGAUAGAAUACUCACUCCAAGGGGCCCUAUGUGCUUCUUUCCUCUUGACAUUGCAUUGGUUCCCGUUUCUAGUCAUGGCACCAGUGACAUACUACCAUGUGAAACUGUACUUGGCUCGGAAACAUCUUGUAGAUGUCACUGAAAUUUUUAGACAAUUAAGUGACGAGAAGAAGUACAGGAUGAUCAAGCUUGCCUUCUACUUCUGCCUAUUUAUUAUAACUAUUUACAGGCUUGUGAUGACAGCUGUGAUGCUGUUUAUUGAUGAGGACAUAAAUUUGGUAGAAACUAGGACUAUCUAGACUUUGCCACCAACUUGUCAUGGGGGAGCAGACUUGUAGUCUUGAAACACCAGGCUCAAAAGAACACUCAUGGUUGGAACCCGUGAGACCACAACUGAAUGCCAUGCCCCUGAGUUGUGAGAAAGAAGAUCAACCUGUGCCCAAUAGCUGGAGGAGCUAACCUGGUAUCUCAGAUCCUCAGUGUUUCAUUUCACCCAUAGGUUGUGAUGUACAAUGAAUUCUCAUAGUUUGGUCUGUCGAGACCAUGUUUGUAAAUUGGGCAGAGGCAAUUAAUUUUUUUGUGCAUUUCUAUGUACUUGCGUCCAAGUACUGUAUUCAUUUCAGCUCAACGUUGUUUGCACACAAUAUUGAUUGGGAAUAUAGUGUUCAUUUACCUAGAUAGGGCAUCUCCUAAAA